GACUCCCGGAUGGAGCACAGGGACCAGCCGUGUGUCCAGGAUCUCCAGGCGCAGAAGAAAGGGGGACCCUGACCGUCACUUGCACAGGUGCUGGGAUGGAGGAGGAUAAUCCCAAGCAGGAAGGGCCUGCAGGAAGGGAGCCUCGCGGGAUGUCCCAGAACGCUGAGCAGGGAGAGGCCAGCAGGGCUGGAUGGCAGCAGGAGACAGAGGUGAUAUCUCCGGAUGAGACGGACAUCAGGGUGGUGACAGAGCACAACCACGCCCAGGCUGAGGUGCGCCCCUACAGCUGCUCAGACUGCGGGAAGAGCUUCAGCCAGAGCUCCCACCUGGUCCAGCACCAGCGCACCCACACGGGCCAGAAGCCCUACAAGUGCACUGAGUGCGGGAAGUGCUUUGUCCUCAGCUACAACCUCAUCGAUCACCAGCGCAUCCACACCGGGGAGCGCCCCUACAAGUGCAGCCAGUGUGGAAAGGGCUUCAUCCGGAGUUCCCACCUCUUCCAGCACCAGCGCAUCCACACGGGUGAGCGACCCUACCAGUGCACCAAGUGUGGGAAGAGUUUCAACCGCAAUUACACCCUGGUGAAGCAUUACCACACCCACGUUGGGGAGCAGCCCUUCAUCUGCAGCGAGUGUGGGAAGAGCUUCAGCCUUGGCUCCUUCGCGCAGCACAUCCGCACCCACACGGGUGAAAAGCCCUACAGCUGUGCCGAGUGCGGCGAGAGUUUCAGCAGCAGUUCCAACUUGAGCCAGCACCGGCGCAUCCACACUGGAGAGAAACCCUAUAGCUGUGGCUACUGCGGGAAAAGCUUCAGCCAGAGCUCCAACCUCAUCAAGCACCGGCGCAUCCACACCGGAGAGAGACCCUACAGCUGCCCUGAGUGUGGCAAGACCUUCAACCAGAGCUCGUCGCUCAAGCAGCACUGGCAGAUCCACCGCAGCGAGCGGCCUUACGAGUGCACCGAGUGCGGGAAGCACUUCAUCGACAGCUCCAAGCUCAACAAGCACCGGCGCACCCACACCGGUGAGCGGCCCUACAAAUGCACCGACUGCGGGAAGGGCUACAGCCUGAGCUCGAACUUGAGCCGCCAUCGCAGGAGCCACACGGGAGAGAGAUCCCACAAAUGCGCCCAGUGUGGGAAGAGCUUCCACUUCAACUCCCAGCUUGUCCAGCACCAGAUCAGCCACACUGGGGAGCGACCCUACAAGUGCUCCGACUGCGGGAAGAGCUUCGGUGUGAGCUCCAACCUUCUCCAGCACCAGCGCAUCCAUUGGGUGGAGCGACCCUACAGCUGUACCAACUGUGAGAAGAGCUUUGGCCACAGCUCCCUCCUGGCCCAGCACCAGCGCAUGCACAUGCACAUGGACGAGAGACCCUACAAGUGUGGGGAGUGCGGGAAGGCUUUUGGGGUGAGCUCAGCUCUGAUCCGACACCAGCGGAUCCACACAGGUGAGAGGCCUUACAAGUGUCUGGUUUGUGGGAAGAGCUUCAACCUUAGCUCCAACCUCUUCACCCAUCGCAGGAUCCACUGGGAUGAGAAACCUUAUAAAUGCCCUGAAUGUGGGAGGAGCUUCAGCCAGAGCUCAAGCCUCAGCCGCCACCAGAUCAGCCAUACGGGAGAACGACCAUACAAAUGCCCUGAGUGUGGAAAGUGCUUCAACCAGAGCUCCCUCCUGAUCCGGCACCAGCGGAUCCACACAGGGGAGCGACCCUACAGGUGCUCCCAGUGCUGGAAGAGCUUCCUACGGAGCUCCCAGCUGAAGAGACACCAGAGAGUUCACACUAGAGUCCCCCGCAAUGGGGACUGCACUGAACGUGGGACCGGCUCCGAGCCCCAGCCCGUUCCUGCCCCAGCAGCCCUGGGGACUGGGGCUGGGGCAGCAGGCAGCUCCCUGGUGGUUCCCCCUGGGGGGCUUCUGGAGGAGACGCCGAGGCCGCUCUGCAGGGACAUCAUGCAGGAGAAUGACAAGACCUUGAUCUCGCUGGCAGGUUCCAGGACCAAGAAUAGGAAUCCCCAGCAAGAAGAGCCUGCUGGGGUGGAACUGCAAGGGAUGCCCCAGAGCCCUGAGCAGGGAGAUGCUGGCCAAAGCCGGGGAAGGAGAGGACAGCAGCAGGGAGAGACAGAGGGAGAACCCACUGAUGAAGAAUGUUCUAAGAAGCUCCUUGGCUUGCAAAGCAUCUGCACAGCAGAGAGACCCUAUAAAUGCCCCGAAUGCGGGAAAAGCUUCACCCAGAGCUCUAUGCUCAUCCGCCAUGAGAGAUCUCACACGGGAGAAAAACCCUACACAUGCUCUGUGUGCGGGAAGAGUUUUAGUCAGAGGUCCAAUAACAUGCAGCAUCAGAGGAUCCACACGGGGGAGCGACCCUAUAAAUGCACUGACUGUGGGAAGAGCUUCUCUCUGAGCUCCCGCCUGCUCCAGCAUCAGAUGGUGCAUACUGGAGAGCGGCCUUUCAAAUGCCCUGACUGUGGGAAGAGCUUCAACCAGAAGUCAAACCUGAAGCAGCACCAGAGAAUCCACACAGGGGAGCGACCGUACCGACGCCCUGACUAUGGAGAAAGCCACUCUCUGAGCCCACCCCAGGGGAUCCAUAAAGUAGAGAGACCCUAUAAGUGUCCCCAGUGUGGAAAAUGCUUCCGUGUGAGCUCGCACCUUAUUAGACACCAAGUCACCCACACAGGAGAGCGACCCUAUAAAUGCUCCGUCUGCGGAAGAAGCUUCUCCCUGAGCUCUCACCUCAUCCGGCACCAGAUAGUCCACACAGAAGAUAAACCCUACGUCUGCAGUGAGUGUGGGAAGAAGUUUAGCCUGAGCUCCAGGCUCGAUAGGCAUCUGAGAACCCACACGGGAGAGAGACCCUAUAAAUGCCCCAACUGCGGGAGCGGCUUUGUCGACAGCUCCGCUCUUAUUAAGCACCAGAGGAUCCACACCGGGGAGCGACCCUAUACCUGCCCUGAAUGUGGGAAGAGCUUUGGUCGGAGCUCGUACCUUAUCACUCAUCAGAGAACCCAUACGGGAGAGAGACCCUAUAAAUGCCCCAACUGCGGGAAAAGCUUUGUCGGCAGCUCUGAUCUUAAUAAACACCAGCGCACUCACACGGGAGAGCGCCCCUAUAACUGCCCUGAAUGUGGUAAGAGCUUCAGCCGGAGCUCAAACCUCAUUGCCCAUCAGAGAAUCCACACACGUUCCUUUACUCCUGCUCAGGGAUGUGGUUAGGGAGAUUUUGAAUGUUGGCAUUAAACAUUUUGGGGGGUUAUUUAUUUGA